AUGAAUUAGGUUUCCACAUUUUGGAAUGAUUGUAAAAGUAAACUUCAUAGAUUGCUUGAAGUUAAAAAUUCUGUUAAUUUAGAUAAUAGGAUAGUCUUAAUAUACAAUAUUCUUUUAAAAGAACUUAAAUAAAAUCAUAAAGGAAAAUAUCAUUAAAUAGAGAAAUUAAUCUUUGCUCGAGAUUCUCAAUUAAAUAUAGGAUCAGUUUAAUGUGAAAUUUGUUUUUAAAAAGAAAAAUAGGUUGUUCCUUUCUUAUACUCUUUAGAUCUUAUUAAGAUUUUGGAAGAUGCUUACUACAUCUUAGAUCAAGCUUCUUCUUGUUUUUAAAAUAAUUAGUAAUUUUUAGAAGAAUAACCAUAUCAUUAAACGAGGAUAAUUUACAUAAUAAAAGAAACUCUAGAUGAUAUAUCUAAGAAUAAGGAAAUUAUUUGGAAGAUUAACAAAUUAAUUCUAGAAUUAGAAUCUUAUCUCAAAUUCACUAAUGAUGACAUAUUUGAUAAUGUUGGAAAGAUUCACUCUUCAAAUAUAAGCAAAAGUUAGAUGAAUAAAUUUGUUUAAGAUAUUAAGAAAGAAUAAGAAUAAUUAAAUCCAUACAGAUCAUAUAUUAAGUUACUUCCAACAGUAAUAUUUAUAAAGAGAUUUCAUCCUUCAUCCGAUUAUAUAUAAUAUUAAACAGUUUCUUAAUAGUACCUUGCUAUUUUGAUGAACUAUUAAAUUUUAAUCUAUAAUAUUAAAAAUGGAGAGCUGUACAGUAAAAUUAAUGUUGAUUUUGAAAAUCGGAAGAUCUUACUAUUUUAAUUUACAAAAGAUGAAAAUUACUUGGUUUUUGCAUUUGAUUACCCAAUUAAUAUUACAAUAUAUAAUAUGAAGAAGAAGUUGAUGCAAUAGAGAUAAGGAUCAAUAUCUUGGAUGAGUAUAGAAUGUUGUGAAAAAAAUAAUUAGAAUUAUUUAUUUAAAUACAAUUAAGAUCUCACGAUUAAGCAAUGCAUUUCCUUUGAAUAAUAGGAUUGUAAUAAUUUUAAACUAUUCAAAAAAAGUUCAACCUACUAAAAUUAAAGAUAAACACUCAUUUUUUACGAUAACAUGGAAAGAAAGUGGAAAUGCUUAUAAAGGAAUGAAAAAGGAAGUAUAUAAAGUUAAAAAGUAUAAAUUACUAAUAAAUUUAAACUCUAAUUUCUCCAAAAAUCUAGAAUGAAUUAUUUAUAUUAUACUUUGAUUUCAAAUUCAAACAAAAAAAUACGAAAAAUUAUUAAUUAAGAAUAAUAAUUUUUGAAUACAUACUUUUUCUCUAAAGAUGAAACCUACAUAAUAUCUUCAUCUUUAACUUUUUAUGAAAUUUAAACUGGAAAAUUUGUCUUUACAAUUAGAUUAAACGAAAAAGAUGAGCAUUUAGAUAUAAAAAUGGAGGAUGGUAAAAUAAAGAUUUUAACUUGGGAUAAUUUGUACAUUUACGAGUAAGUUACCAAAAAAAGUCAACAAAUAACUGAAUAAUUGCAUUGAAAUAAUUUCUACACAUAUAUUGCAAUUUUAAUCAUUU